AUGAAAAUCGCCGCAGGCGACCGUGUUCCAGAAUUUUCAAGGAAAGAUCUGAUGGAAAUAAUUCAGAGAAGCCAAUUUUUCCAAGAUAUUUUUUUCGAACAACCUGAUCCCACGACAAUUGAAUUUGGCCACGUGUGCGAGAAUCCCAACGAGUGGGAGCAGCGUUUCGAAAAAAGGGACUUGAAGAAAAAUCAUUACCAAGGGAAGAUGAGGUGGGGCAACAAAAACGGCGAUUACGGAGAGCACUACUGGGAUCUGGGUCAUGCAGGAUGA